AUGAACACCUUUUCUAGUGCAGUUCCAUCGAAGUCGGCUUGGGCCCGCGGCCCUCCUCGUACUAUAUUGGCAACAUCGUCGUCUCAGCAGCCGCCCAGGCCUCCCAGCGCCACGCCCGGUGCAGCGGCCAAUCUACGCUCGACGCACCCUCGCCGAUCGCGCGCGCCAGCAGAGGGCGUAUCCAUCCAACACGGGCUCAGCGUCCCACGCAGCACCAGCGCCGCCAAACCCGUCACGUUUGGCUCGAUAGACGACGCCCCGACGCCCACUCCCGCGUCGCUGCUGGCGUGGUCGCGGCCGCCCAAGGCGGUCUUAUCCGCAGGCAAACCGCGCGCUCGCCUCGCCAGGUCCACCCCUCAUCCCCAGCCCCCCCGCACACGCGCGGGAAGCACCGCGCGCACGCUGGCGCCCGUCUGGGCCCCGAGGGCUGCGCCGAUCGCCGCUGACGUCGUCCCGCAGGGCGCUGGGCACGCGAUGCCCGCGGAGCAGCUCAUCCCGUGCGUGCUGGAAUGGGACCAGCACGCGGAGCAGGGCCCUUUGCUCCCUCCGCACAGGAACACCGCGUCCCCGUCCUACGCCGCCAACGCCACCGUGCGGCCGGGCCCCAGCCCUCGUCGUCUCAGCGCGCACGCGCCCGCCUUCGUCCCCAGCGAACUAGAGCCCAGCCUGGAAUAUCGAGUCCACGCAGGGCCCGCGGCCGUCACGCGGCCGCUGUCGGCACCGCGCACACCCUCCGCUCUGGCCACCGCCCGGUUCAUCGACGAUAUCAAGGCGAUCCCGUACCCCGCGGGCGUGCGGCGCCCCUUGGCAGCGCUCAACCGGAACGCGCAGAAGGGCAAGUUCCGGUACGACCGCGCGUUCCUGCUGCAGUUCGCGUCGCUGUGCGUGGACAUGCCCGACGGGCUGCCGGCGGCGCUCGACGCGCUCCGCCUCGCUCCUAGGACCUAG